AUGAAACAGAAAACAGUGUUGCGGGUCAGUUUCAACUGCCAAAAAUGCAGAACAGCCGUACUAAAAACGGUUGCUAAGCUUCAAGGAAUAGAUUCUAUAGCUGUGGAUGCUGAGAAGUGGACAUUAACAGUGGUGGGUGAUGUUGAUCCUGUGAGAUUAGUGGAACAAAUAAGGAAGAUAGGGAAGGGAGCAGAGAUCAUGAGUGUUGGACCCCCAAAACCUAAACCAGCAGAGCCUAAAGAAGUUCACAAUCCCCUCCCUACAUGUUGCAAAGAAUGCCAGCUUGUGGCUGUUAACUACUUGCCCUAUGAGGGUGGAUACUGCUCCAUCCUUUAA